UUAAGCCUGGUCCAACAAAUGAAAUGGUGGUAUUGUCAGCUAGGCCCAAGGAGAGAAGAUUGGCAGAAGGCAUCAGGAGCAACCUGUAUAAAGCUGCCUGUAACAUGACCUGUGGCCUUCCAGACAUGUCAGUUCUGCAGCUGAAUGAUAUUUAUGAAGGCAUGUCAAGAGAAACGGCUCCUUUAAUAAUGACCAUGGGGAUUUCAGGGGAUUUUCCUUUGGUGGACAGUGCCUUUGGAAAAGUACAAGAAGGGAGUGUACUCUCCUAUCAACUUCCAGCAUGGAGCCCACCAAAGACCUGUCCACAUACCACCGCACCACCACGACUACCCUUACCCCUUGAUGGCUACCGUCUGGGUGCCUCGGAGUGCUGCUUUGUGUUGACUCACCAUCAGCAGCUGCACAUGGCUUCUCUAGAAACAACAGAGGUCAUGGCACACCAAAUUGAGAUUGGCACAAGAAAACAAAGCACAAUGACUGAAUGGCAUUCAUUGAGAAAGCCACGAGUUACUUCUUCUAGAUUCAGAAGUUUGCCACCUGAGAGGGCAGUCCUCGGUAGCGAGCCUAGCAGUGAGAAUUCUGCGGUCAGGCUAUCAGUCUGCAGAAAUGAAGAGGGGCCUUCAGAUGGAGCCCAAAGCUAUUGAAGAGUACUGCUG